AUGCCCGACGUCUCAAGCAUUGUCGAUGUGGAGGCUUUUGCUGAUGUUGACGGAUUGGAGGCUGUGGGAGCUGACCGUCUAAAGGAAGCCCUGCAAGCUCUGGGACUAAAGUGUGGGGGCACUGUUCGACAGCGUGCCGAGCGGCUGUUCAAGAUCAAAGGCAGGGAACUGCAGGAAUUGGAGCCGUCUUUGUUUGUGAAGGGCUCACGACCAGCAGCACUCGUGUCAGAGGAGGACAGGCGCAGGACAACUGCAGCCACAUACUACAUCGCAUUCACUGAGGCCAAAAUCGAGCGGCUGGUGGAGAUGUUGGGCUCUGUGCUGGAGGACACCAAAGGCAGAGUUGAGAAGAAGAUGACCCAGACGGUCAGGGAGAGAGAGGCGGAGAUGGAGGAGGCAGAGAUGGAGGUCGAAGAAGAAGACACUGAUGAAGAGGAGGAGUACAUCUACAAUCCGCUGAAGCUUCCCCUUGGCUGGGAUGGGAAGCCAAUCCCGUAUUGGCUGUACAAGUUGCAUGGACUCAAUCAGGAGUUCAAAUGCGAAAUUUGCGGGAACUACAGUUACUGGGGCCGCAGGGCAUUUGAGAAGCACUUCAAAGAGUGGAGGCAUCAAAACAACAUGCGUGCCUUGGGCAUUCCAAACAACAAGAAUUUCUACGAGAUUACAAAGAUUGAGGACGCUGUUGCUCUGUGGGAGAACAUGCAGCGACGCGACAAAGGUGGUUGGAGGCCUGAUGUUGAUGAGGAGUGCGAAGAUGAGGACGGCAAUGUGUACAGCAAGAAGACGUAUGAAGACAUGAAGCGCCAGGGCUUGAUCCCAUGA